GGAAAGACUCCCUGCCCAGCCGUUGAAUUUUAAGCUUCAAAGAUGCCACAUCGCAAGCCAACCCCUGGCACACUGCGUCCUCUUACUCCGAGGCUGCAUACGAAAAGGCUCACUAGCCUUAUCUCGACACAGUAUAUUUUCUUGAAACCGACAUUCUUGAAGCUUUUUGGCUGGGCAAGUCUAAUGAGAACGCUAAAGUUGUUUCAAGAUGGGUUGGUGUACUCGGCAGGUCUAUAUUUGUUGAUGCACAUAUCACUCUCGCCUACGAGUGUAAGUCACCCCGAGCUUCGCGCAAUAUUCAUUUGAAUCAAUGUUACAGGCUUAUGAAAUAUACAAGGAGUGGGACUGCCUUUUA